UUGUCAGUUGUCCACCGAUUGUUGAGCAGUUCAACGUGUGCGCGCGACUUUUGUCUCGCAUUCUAGUCGGUAUAUCAUAACUUCGAAUUGCCAUAUAGCUAGUGCCAUAAUUUGUUUUUAGACUAUGCCCAUCGUAGUGUAGUGUAGAAUAGCGAACUCAACGAAAAACCGAACGACAACGAAACAUUCCAAAAGACUUUAAAAAACAGACAGAGAAAGUAUAGCAAAGUGUUAGAAUCACCUGUGAUUAUCUGGCGAGAAUCGCAGUUGAUCUAAGCGUAGUUUUAAGCCUGAUAAAAAUUUUGUUUAUCGAACUGUCCUAACAAUUUUUUACGAUACGAUUCGGGAGUGCGCGUAAAUGUGCUAAUAAGUGAAAAAUGUCUACUCAGAACUACUACAAGGAAAAAUUAGGAUUCGACCCUAAGGAGGCGUAUUACGAUGGGCCCCCGGAAAAGUACAGGAGGACGGAUGAGAAGCCGCAUGGGUACGAAGAAAGUCUGACCAAGUUCAAAGGUACUAUAUGGGAUUUAUUUAUUGAAUCUUUAGAAGAUGAAAGAGAUGCCGUACAGAAGAAAACGUUCACGAAAUGGGUCAACAAACAUCUAAAAAAGGCUAGACGUCAAAUUCGAGAUUUAUUCGAAGAUUUACGAGAUGGACACAACUUGAUCUCUCUCUUGGAAGUUCUAACUGGCGAACAACUUCCACGAGAGAGAGGACAGAUGCGAUUCCACAUGUUACAUAAUGUCGACACGGCGCUGCACUUUCUACACUGCAAGAACGUGAAGUUAGUCAAUAUCCGUUCCGAGGACAUCGUCGAUGGCAACCCCAAAUUGACCCUGGGACUUAUUUGGACAAUUAUCCUUCAUUUCCAGAUAUCCGACAUAGUUAUCGGACAGGAACCCAACGUUUCGGCUAAAGACUACCUCCUCAGAUGGGCCAAGCGCACUACGCACAAGUAUCCGGGCGUGAACGUCCUGGACUUCACUAAAUCCUGGAGGGACGGCCUGGCCUUCUCCUCAAUUAUCCACAGGAACAGGCCUGACCUCAUCGACUUCAGGCAGGCAAGAAGCCAGAGGCCUAGGGAACGAAUGGAGCACGCCUUCUACGUCGCAGAAAAGGAAUACGGAGUUACCAGAUUGUUAGAUCCCGAAGAUGUUGACACUCAUAAUCCCGAUGAGAAGUCACUCAUCACCUACAUUUCAUCCCUCCACGAAGUGUUCCCUGAACCACCACCAAUACAUCCGCUCUUCGACUCCGCUGCCCAGCAGCGCGUCCAAGAAUACCGAGAGAUCGCCUCUGCUCUUCACAUGUGGAUAAGAGAGAAGUACAGCCUGAUGCAAGACCGAUCCUUCCCAACAACCUUAAUAGAGAUGAAAAAACUGGCCGCCGAAUCGUCUAGAUUUCGUACCGACGAGAUACCACCCAGACAAAGAGAUAAAAACUACUGUAGUCAAUUGUUUAAAGAUCUUGAAAAGUAUUUCAAGAGCAUUGGAGAGAUCGAUGUGGAGCCUGAAUUGCAUAUCGAUAACAUUGAAAGAAACUGGCAGAGGUUGAUGGUCGCUUAUCAGGAGAGAGAUAGGCAUAUUAUGGAAGAAAUCAAGAGAUUGGAAAAGCUUCAACGGUUGGCCGAGAAAGUACACAGAGAAAUAAAGCAAACCGACUCAAACCUGGACACUAUCGAACGGACUAUAGAAAACGAAGCUAGACGAAUCGAACGAAUCCAUCCAACAGAAGCUAAAAAGAUUGCAGACACAAUUGACCAAGAUUUAGUUAUAACAGAGCAAAAUAUACAGUCACUGAAAAGCGAUGUGAAUACCUUGAGAAAUGGAAGAUAUGCACAAGCCGGUGAACUCGAUAAAAGAGUUAACAAGUUGCAUGAAAGAUGGGUACACCUAAGACACAUGUUGCACAAUAAAAUUGUAGGGCCUUUGGCCAACACAAGCUUCCCAGUCGAGGAAAGGACUGUAACUAAACAUAUUCGCACAGUACAAGAAACUAGGAAUGUUGACACCAACCCCCACUUCAGAUCUCUGCAAGAACAUAUUGAAUGGUGCAAAAAUAAAUUGAAACAACUGAAGAAGGGUGAUUAUGGCACAGAUCUUCCCUCUGUGCAAACAGAACGGGAUAUUCACCACCGCGAACAUAAGCACAUAGAUCAGUACCACUCUAAAGUUGAGGCUUGCGUCAAAGCUAGACAGUAUUUUAAUGGCGAAGAACUAGCUCUCUAUAACCAGCAUUUGGGACAAUUACAAAAGGUUUAUGCUGACUUACUUUCUUUCAGUACAAACAGAAUGACAGAUUUAGAAACUCUACUAGAUUUCAUACAGUCGGCUACAAAUGAAUUGCAGUGGUUGAAUGAAAAAGAAGAAAUAGAAGUGACAAGGGAUUGGAGCGAUACAAAGUUAGAUGUGAGAGGAGUUGAAAAAUACUUUGAGCAUCUUAUGAAUGAUUUAGAACAACGAGAGAUCCAAUUUAACUCAGUUUUGGAAAGAGGUGAAAGUCUAGUCUUACAAAGUCAUCCUGCUACAAAAGCUAUUGAAGCUCACAUGGCUGCCAUGAAUGCUCAGUGGGCAUGGUUGAUUCAACUGACACAUUGUCUUGAAACCCAUUUACAAAAUACCAGAAAUUACCAACAGUUCUUCUCAGAUGUACAAACUGCAGAAGAAUGGCUAAAAGAAAAAGAUGAAGUUAUGAACAAUGAAUUUAGUCAGGGUGAAUUCAGUUUGGAUAUUGGUGAAAGGCUUCUCCAAGGAAUGCAGAAUUUGAGAGAUGAACUAAAUACAUUUGGGGACCAAGUACAGGCUUUAACUGCCAGGGCUCAGGAUAUUGCACCCUUGAAACAACGCAGACAACCUGUUACUAGACCACUCACUGUCACUGCAAUCUGUAAUUACAAACAAAACAAUUUUGUAAUUGAAAAGAACAAAGAGUGCACUUUAACUGACAACUCAGGAAGAACUAAAUGGAGAGUACACAAUGCCAAAGGCGUAGAGUCUCAAGUCCCAGGCGUUUGCUUUGUACUUCCACCACCUGAUAAAGAUGCUUUGGAUAUAGCUGAUCGCCUUAGAAGGCAAUAUGACCGUUCCAUCGCGCUUUGGCAGAAGAAACAGCUCAGAAUGCGCCAAAAUAUGAUAUUUGCCACUAUCAAAGUCGUUAAAGGAUGGGACUUACCACAAUUCAUUGCCAUUGGGGCAGAACAACGGAAUGCCAUUCGUAGAGCUUUAAAUGAAGAUGCUGACAAACUAAUGGCAGAAGGUGAUCCAUCAGACCCACAGUUACGUCGACUGAAAAGAGAAAUGGAUGAGGUCAACAGACUGUUUGACGAGUUUGAGAAACGUGCAAGAGCUGAGGAGGAAAGUAAAAACAAAUCCAGGCUUUUCAAUAGUCAAAAAUCAAACUUGCAGCAGUCCUUAGAUGAAGCUGAACGUAUUAUCAACCAACGCGUCUUAUCUCCUCUUCCUCGAGACAUAGACACUUUACAACAUCUAGUCCUUGAACAUAAAGAAUUCGAGUCACGAUUGCAAAAUCUAGAGCCCGAAGUGGAACAACUAAAAGACACUUUCAGAUCUAUAACACUUAAAACUCCACAGCACAAAAAAGAUCUUGAAAGCAUCCUCGACAAAUGGAAGUACAUUUGGAAUACCAGCAAUUUGUACAUAGAGCGUCUCAAAUGUAUUGAGAUUGUUCUUAAUGGUAUGGAAGAUGCUACACAAGUUAUAUCCGAAUUUGAAAAUAAGUUAGCACUGUUUGAUGAUUUACCAAGUACAAAGAAAGGUCUGGAGGCAGUACAUGAUGAUUUGCUUAAAUUGGAAUCGGCAGUUGGUCAACAACAAAUCGUCAUGGAUCAACUUAAUGAUGACUUUGACAACACUAGGCGUCUUACAGAAAAAUCUAGGCCAAGUCAACGCGGUCCUCAUUCUGAUGUAGAACGCCUCGAUAAAGAAAUACAAAAAUUGAACAACAGGUGGAGCAAUGUAUGCAGUCAGCUGACCGACAGACUGAGAGGAUGCCAACAAGCAUAUGACCUACUUAACAAAUACGGUGAAGCCAAACAAAUUGAAGAUGAUUGGUUGGAUGAACAAUAUGGCAAACUAGAAAACCUUCAACCCAUAAAAGAAAGGGCAAAGGAACAUUUAGAUGCUACAAGGAAUCUCUUGAACAGUGUAAUUGAACGUACUCCUAGAAUAGAACAAGUAAAUGUGAAUGGGGGUAAAUUUAUAAGGGAAGGAAAGAUAUGGAGCAAAGGAGUGCAGCGGUUCCGAGAGGCACUUCUGGAGGCGCAGCCUUCCUUGGAUGCCAACACUGCCUUCCUCAACUCCAGGAGUCCCGGACAGCCCUCUGGAGCCGAUAUAGUGGCACAGGAGCUGGACGAGUUCAACCAAAGAUUCCAAUAUCUUAUGGAUUUCCUCUAUGCUCGAUUGAAGGAGAUUGCUGAUAGAUGCAAAGGCGAUAUCGUCACUUUGAGAUUGGUUGAACAAAUGCAACCCCAACCAUUCAGGACAUUUAGAACGGAAUUCCACAUGAGCAGUGCUAGUGAACAUACCUCAACGUAUACAACAACCACUCACUAUAGUAAACAAUAUAUUCAAACUACUAAAACUACAAGGAGUGAAAAUGGCACUACAAUUAAAAUUCCUGACGAUCAACAAACACAAACCAAAUGGCACAGAGAUGAAGCAGACAAUAUUACAAAUGGCCGUCCUCCUGACAAACACACCACUUUAACGCAAAUUAUUCAGGAGCCUCAAACGUGGGGAAGUACUAUGCAAUUUACUGAGAUAAAGUCAUUAAAGCGAGUACAUAAAGUCCAUGAAGGUAUCGGCACUGAAAACAUUACUGAUGUAGCCGGGAUUAUAAAUCCUUAUACUGGAGAACGCAUGACAAUUAGGGAUGCUAUUGCUGAAAGGAUCUUAGAUGUGAGAACAGGCAAAAUAAUUGCGUCACCAGACGGCAUACAGAUUACCAUCGAUGAAGCUCAAAAGUUGGGUCUCAUAGAAUCUAAAAUAGCAGAAAGACUACAAAGUCCGUGUGGUAUCAGAGAAGAUGGUCAUGAUUUAACAUUACUAGAAGCGAUACAAAGGGAAAUAUACGAAGCUGAACACGGAUUCAUGGACCCUUCAGAGAAAAGGAUUAAGGUAACUCAUUCAACAACAAUUAAUCAAGCCAUUGAUGAUGGAAGAGUCGAUGUAACAUCUGGCACAUAUACACUAGAAAAUGGUGAAAAAAUUGAUAUAAGGGAAGCCUAUAAGAGAGGAUACCUACUUCAGCACACGGAAGUUAAGUUACAAACGGGUGCCGUACCGUUAGCCGAUGCUAUCAAUCAAAGUUUAAUUGAUGACAGAACCGGUUGGAUUGUGGAUCGAAAUUCUGGAAAUAAAUAUCAGAUAGAUGCGGCCGUUAAAUGUAAUGUAGUAGAUGGAGAUAUUCGAGAAAUUGUUGAUCCAAAAACUGACAAUAAAAUUACCGUAAUUCAAGCUAUAGAUACGGGCAUUAUUAAUCCAAAGUUAGGGAAGUACAUUUUAGCUCACGAAAAAUUAUCAUUUUUGGAAGCCAAACGACGUCAGUUGAUAGUUAAGCCAAAAACCUUGAAAGAAAUUGUUGAUGAUAAUCUGAUAGAUGAGAACGGUAAGAUAUCUUCUCCACUUCAUCAAACUACAUUGACCCUUUUAGAGGCAGUAAAUCGCGGCGUAUUAGAUGUGGAUUUAGUUAAAUCCGUUUUAGAUUUGAGAACGAGUGAGUACAUUACACUAAGUGAAGCCCUUAAGGAAGGUAUUAUUCUUUCUGACAGUCGUUUCAGAAAUCUAGUUACCGGAGAAAUUUUAUCUAUACCUGAGGCAGUUAGUCGCGGUUAUAUAAUUUCAGUAGUUAGAAAAUCAAUUUUCGAUGUUGAUGGCUUCCAACCGCCUGAUAAAUCAGAUCAUAUUAGCUUUAACGCUGCAAAUGCUAAAGGUUAUAUUAGCAAAAAGAAUAAUGGUAGCUUAUUAGUUAGUAAAAAAAGCGGUAAAUUAAUUCCAUUUACUGAAGGUGUACAAUCUGGCGAGGUAAAACCUGAAGUAUUUGAAAUGUUAUCGCGUCCCAUAGGUAUUGUAGAAAAUCAAAAAGAACUUAAUGUUUUAGAAGCCGUUUUUCAUGGUUAUAUUGAUCCAAAAACAGGGAACUUGAUAGAUUUAAGUACAAAUAAAAUAAUUUAUCUUAAUGAAGCUAUUGCCCAACAUUUAAUUACUCCGGAAGGUGCUGCCAUGCUAAACAGCUUGCUUAAUUUGAAUGUAUCUACUAAAGUAACUCGUACUCUAGUCCAGCGCUAUGUCACAGUAACUAAUAAAGAUAUUAAACAAGAAAUAAUUACAUAUACAGAAGCUUUAAGGUUAGGUCUAAUAAAUAAUGAACAACAGACUUAUACAGAUCCAGUUACUAAUGAAAUCAUUCCUAUAGUUCAAGCAAUUAGUGAAGGUAAGUUAGCCCCUGAUACAGAGAGUUCAGAGAAAGUCAUCGGUUCCAAUAAAGGUGCAGUUCCUAAAUCGUCUACAGUUGUUACAAUAGUAAGUAAGAAAGAUUCUUCACUUCAACGAGAUACCUUCAAAGCAGAUAGUAAAAUUGUUACAACUGAUUUCAUAUCUAGUGAAAAAAGAGCUCUGGAAAAGCAGGUAUAUGAAUUACCAACAGAAGGGUGGUCACUGGCUGAUGCAGUAGGUCAAAAACUGUAUGAUCCUGUUACCGGAUUGUUUAUAAUUCAAGGAACCGAUCGCCUAGUAAGCUUUGAGGAAUGUAUAAAUCUAAAACUUAUAAAUCCCUUGUCAGCUGUUGUAGUUGAUCCCAUAAGUAAACGAAAAAUAAGUGUUCUUAGAGCCCUAGAAAAGAAAAUAUUGGAUGCCACUGGUCAUUAUGUAGCCAAUAAUAAAAAAAUUACCAUGAAAGAAGCUAUCAAUCAGAAUUUAGUCUUGUUGGAGGAAAAAAUGGAAGUGGACAGACCAGGUCAGAGAUUAUUACAAGUUACUAGAAUCGAAGGUCAACCUCCCAAGGUCGAAGUAUCAUCAGUGGUUGACAAAAAUCCACCAGUGUACACAGAAGUUAAAAUUGGAGAAAAAAGCCAUGUUGUGGAACCUAUACAAAUACAGCCAGGUGUAAUAUAUGACCCUGUUUCAAAUGUAGUAAUAUAUCCAGAAUUUAAUGAAGCAUCAAAUCUUCUGACAGCUGUUCUUGACAAUAAAAUUCAUGCUGAAACAGUAAAAGUUAAAGAUCCUCAUACGGGUCAGGAAAUGGACAUUAAAGAGGCUAUCCGUCGUAAUAUUAUUGAUAUAGAAAAAAGUUCAUACACAAAUAAGUCAGGACAUAAAAUUACAUUGCAAGAUGCUGCCAAAUUUGGUAUUUUAACAGUAGUAGGAACACCAGUAACAUCCACUCAGUCAGUAGUAAAAGUCGUCAGACAACUAUUUGUAGUUGAUCCUUCAACAGGACAACAAAUACCCGCUGAAGUUGCUCUUCAGCAAGGUGUUAUAGAUCAACCAACUUACAACAAAUUGUUAGCUGAAAUGGACACUGAAGUACCUAAUAUGCCAGCACAUGCAAUGGAAACCACAACUACUGUGACACAUAGUGUUCUCCAAGUAACCGAUCCUAAAACUGGCAAAACAUACACGGCACAUGAGGCUCUUGAACAGGGUUUAAUAACACCCCAACAGUUAGAUGAAUUAAAGACACAGAGUCAAGAAGGAAACAAAAUUAAAAUUUUAAACACCGCAACUAUUAGCCUAGAUGAUGAAAAUGCCCCAUCCGAAGCAGAAAAAACAAGAGCCCGCAUUACAAUAGAACCUACAUAUAAGGUUAAAAUUGGUAGAGCCCAAUCUCUUAGCCCUGAACGAGAAGCCAAGAAAGUUGUACUACAGAAACUGCGAAAGAAAGUUGUUAAACCAAAGGAUGCAUUGAAAACAGGUAUUAUUGAUCCUGACACGGCUAAGAUUUUAGACAAAAAAGAAACAUUUACAACCGCUGAUGGGGAAAAAUUGACAUUACAAGAAGCCUUAGAAGCCAAUAAAGUAGAUGGUGGCCGAGGAAAAAUCGUUGAUCCACAACGUGGAGAUUUGUUAAAUAUAAAUGAAGCUAUUAGUCGAGGUAUAUUAGAUCCUGAGGGUACCAAUGAACUCUUAGUGCCUUUAAAUCGUAGUCUAUCUAUUCCCGAACUAUUCCAACAGGGUUUGAUAGAUCCAGAAAGUCAAAAAAUCAUACACCCAGAAACAGGUGCUCAUUUAAGUAUUACUGAAGCUAUAGUCUGUGAUAUUGUAGAUCCAUUAAGUACUCUAGUUAAAAAAACUGGUGAUAAAGUAACUUUAAGCAAAGCACUCGAAAUUGGAGUAGUAGAUGAUGAAAAAGCUACCGUAGAGACCAGGCAUGGUACUGUAGAUAUACAAGAAGCUGUUAAAGAUAACAUAUUUGACACAGCAGUGCCCUCUGGACCAAUUGAUCUCCCUCCAGCUGGCAUGACAUUCCCUGUGGCUCUGAAGCGUGGCCUAAUAGACACUGAAAACAAACUAAUUGUUCAUCCUAUAACCAAUAAAAGCAUUCCAAUAACCGAAGCAAUUGAAGAAAAUUUCAUUAUGGCACUACCUUUUCGAACAAGUUCAGACUCUGUGAAGGUCGAAGACGCAUUGGAGUCAAACUUAAUUGACACUCAAAAUAGUACCUUUAAGGAUCCAAAAUCUGGAGAAAUUUAUCCAAUAUCAGAAGCAGUAGAGAAAGGAUUGCUUGUAAUUAAACAUCCAACAAAUAUAGUAGCAUUCAGUCAUUCGACACCUGUUACAACACUUACUGAAACCGUUGACACAAUUCAUACAGUCACCACCAAAACAGUAGAAAUUCUAUCUGGUUACGCUCUUCUAAAUAAAAACGAAGUUCAGAAUAUUGAAACUGGCCAAAUUAUACCAAUAGAAGAUGCUCGAAAACAAGGCAUUGUUAUUGAUGUAAAUGAAACUAAAAAUAAAACCAUAGUUAAAGACAUAAAAAUGAGUUUUUCUGAUGCUUUGAACAAAGGGCUGGUUGAUAUGAAUGCAGGAAUAUUUACAGAUCCAAAAUCUGGUGAAAAAGUUCCAAUUAAGCAAGCUCUUCAAGAAGGAAAACUUUCAGCACUUCCCGAACCUAUACAAGAGAGUCAGCAAACAAUUGUAACUACACAUAAGACAAGUGAACUAAAUAUUGCUGAAGCUUUUGAAACAAUUUAUAACGAGCAAACAAGCACAUUUGUAGAUCCCAAAGACCAAAACAAGCAACUUACAUUCAAAGAAGCUUUGGAAAAAGAAAUCAUAGACCCCAAUUCAAUUGUCUAUGAUGUUAACUCUCAAAAACCUAUUACAGUCGAACAAGCGGUAGAAAAAGGUUUAAUUGAUUCCAAGACAGGAAAAGUUUUGGAUGAAAAGUCGGGUAAAUCCAUUGAUUUUAAGGAAGCAACUAAAAAAGGUCUCAUUGCAGUUUUAGGUGGAUUAGCUCUACCUGUGGUAGCUCCAGUAUUAGCAGGAGCAGCAGCAGUAAAAGCAGUAAAGGAUUAUACAGACAAGAAGAAAAAAUCACCAGAUUCAGUAGAUGAUAAUGUGCAAAAACAACCAACUGCAGAGAAACGUCCAGAAAUAACAUCUGAUGCUUUAGUAUUAUCUAAAAAUGAUCUUAAACCUAUUCCUACUAAACCUAAAGAUAAUACUUCGGGAAAUAUUAUCUCAGCAGAAAUUUUAAAACCUGUAGAACAAAAACCUAAAGAAUUAUCAGAAGUAAGCUCUGUAAUAAUAUUAGAAGAACCACAAAAAGUCGAAAUUAUUCCCAUUGGAGAUGCCAUAGCUCAGAAGAAAAUCGAACCAAAAAUAUGCCGAAUUGUACACCAAAAUAGUGAAUUACCUUUUACCAUUCAAGAUGGUUUAGAUCAGCAUAAAAUUAGUCCUCUCGAUGAAAUACAGAUCAUAACAAAUCAUAGAGUAAUCCUCCUUGAAAAUUAUCAAACGGCUGUAAUUAUUAUUUCAAAACAUUUAACUGCACAAAAGUUGUCAGAACUGGGAUACUAUGAUCAAAGAGCCCAUAUGUUUUUAAACCCUCAUACAAAUUCACAUAUAACUUUCGAGGAAUUAAUUUAUGAUUUAGGAGUAUUCGACCCUGAAUCUAUUUUAGUAAAAGACUUAACUAAGAAGCCUCCAACAUAUAUAACAUUAGAAGAAGCAUUAAGUAGACCUUUGAUCGAUCGUAAUUCUGGAUACAUGGUUGAUCCGAAGACUGGGAAAAAAGUACCUUUCUUUGAAGCUGUUAAAUUGAAAUGGAUUAUUCAUGUUGAUGAUAGACCAAAAGAAAAAUAUCAGCCUCUGACUUUAGAAGAAAUUGUAGAAACAGAUAAAUUUGAUCCUAAAAAUGUUGAGAUUACAUCAGAAGGCAAAGUACUUUCAUUAAUUAAAGCAAUUUCUUCUAAUGUGGUUGAUCCAAAAUCUAUUACUAUUAGGGAUCCUAAGAACAUGCAGUUAGUUCCCUAUUUUGAGGCUGUUGAUAAGUCUAUUGUGGAUCCACAAAGAGGCCUGAUAAUCAAUACGGCCACUCAAAAAUCCAUUUCAUUUCCCGAAGCAUUUACUCAAGGGUAUGUGUUGAGUAUACCCCGCCCAAUUUCCUUAGAAGCAGUUAUACACAAAGGCAUUUUUGAACCUCAAACUUGUAAAAUAAGAGAUCCUUUGACAAAACAACUGUUACCAAUAUCCGAAGCUAUAAAUCGAUUGAUAAUUGACGACAAAAUCAGUGAAGUUAAAGACACUAAAGCAAAUGUUUUUAUUCCUCUAGAUGAAGCUUUAAAGAAAAAAAUUGUAAAUUCAGAAACUGGUAAACUGACAGACACCAAAACAGGUCAACUUGUACCUUUACAUAAAGCCCUGGAUAGUAACUUAAUACAAACCAAAACUGUUGUUUUCAACCUACUGCAAGCUAUUCUUCUUAACUAUUAUUCACCUCAUUCAGGACUAAUUCUUAAUCCCAUUACUGGAGAAGACAUCACUUUACAAAAAGCUAUUGAAUAUAAAUUGGUGGAUCCAGUCUCAACCAGAAUUAAAGAUGAUAAAAGAGGUCGUAUUGUAGAGGUAAAAGAUGCUAUACAAACCAAUCUAAUAGAUGCAGAGAAAGGUGUUCUUACUAGCCCACUUUUACCCUUAGAUCAAGCUUAUCUUAAAGGAUAUAUUUUGAGUACAGUUUUGCCAUGGUCUUUGCAGGAAACUUUGGCCCAGAAAGUUUAUGAUCCAAAAACUGGUCAAUUUACAAUCAAUAAUGUAGAUGUUACCCUUAUGGAGGCUAUUGAAGGAGGUGUUGUAAAUCCUAACAUAUUAACAGUGAAAGAUCCCAGAUCGGGAGAUAUCAUUACCUUAAAUGAUGCCAUAAAAUUAAGACUGAUUGAUCCUAUUAAAGGUCAAGCCUUGGAUCCAUUAAAUAAUACAGAAAUGAACCUAUAUGAGGCGUAUGACCGUGGUAUGGUAGUUCCAUAUAAGAGCCAGAUUCCUCUUCCAGAGGCAGUAUUUAAAGGUUUUUAUGACCCAGCAACAGGAAAAUUCAUUAAUCCUAAAAAUAAAGAACGCUUGAAAACAUCUAGUGCAAUUAAUAGGGGGUAUGUUGACAUCUCAUCUACUUUGGUAACAAUUGAUGAAGAAAUAGUCACAUUUGAGCAAGCAGUUAUCGAUGGUAUAAUCGAUACUAAUGAGGGUUUACUGAUGAGCCAUAACAAUGAACCUGUAGAUUUUAACGAAGCCUUUGAACGUGGUAUGCUGGUAGAAGUACGUGCACCGGUGUCUUUGAGUGAGGCCAUCGCAAAGGGAAUAUAUGAUGAAGAAUCUCAACUAUUUUUGGAUCCACAGACAGGUCAAUAUCUCACUUUAAUAGAGGCCAUAGAAAUCAAUUUGAUCGAUGCAGAUUCAGUUAGCAUUAAAGAUACUCGACUAGGUAUUUGGAGAAAAAUCCCACUUAUUGAUGCUAUUCACAAUAAUUAUGUAGAUGGCAAUACAGGGCUAGUAAAAGAUUUUUCAAAGGGUGAAAAUUAUGAGGUAUCUUUGCAGAAGGCUUUUGCAUCAGGUAUUUUAGUAGAUAACAAGGCAGCAGUUUCAUUACAGAGAGCUAUUCAUCAAGGUCUUUAUGAUGAGAAAUCAGGUAAAAUAUUAGACACAACUACUGACAGGAAGAUCACAUUACAUGAAGCAAUACGUAACUUUAACAUCAAUCCAUCAUUACCCUGCUACUUUGAUAAGAAGCAAGGAGUAUUAUAUAAUCUAACGGACACCUGCCGCUUAGGCAUUAUCGAUAAACUUAAUGGUACAUUUAAAGAGCCUUACAGUGACAAACCUAUAAAUUUGUUAGAAGCAUUGAAUUCAGGAUUAAUAGUAGAUAUAGAGGCUGCCAAUUUUGGUCUGUAUGAAGCUUUAGAAAUGGGUUUGUACAUUCCUGAUGAAAAAGUUUUUGUACACCCAGCUACUGGGCAUAAGUACAGCUUAAAGGAUGCUUGUGAAAAUGAACUUAUAAAUCCAGUUAUCUCUUUAGUAAAAAAUAACCAGCAAAAUAAAUAUGUUUCUUUACCUGUAGCUAUUGAAACAAACUUAAUAGAUGAUCAACUAAAUGUUUACAAUUGUCCCAAUGGAAAAAAUAUUGAUCUACUAGAAGCCAAGGCUAAAGGUUUAAUUGUUACAUGUCGAACACCACUGACACUUGAAGAAGCAAUAUCAAACUGUUUGUAUAGGCCUGAAUCUGGUAAAAUUGCCAAUCCCUCAAAUGGAGAAUUUUACGACAUUUCUCAAUCAUUGUCAGUUGGAUUUAUAGAUCCUCAAACAACAGUAUUAAAAGACCUGGUGAGUAAUACUACCAAAUCUCUUCCAGCUGCCAUUCAAGAACACAGAAUUGAUGUAGAAAAGGGUAGAGUUUUAGAUUCAAAAUCGAAGAAAUCAUACAACCUCGAUGAAGCGUUUAGAAAAGGUCUUUUAAUAACCCUGGAUAAACCUCUUAAUGAAGAAUUUUCUCAGAAAACAGUCACAGAUUCUGGUGCUGCACCUAAACAAACUCGAGAGUGCUCUCUAGAAGAAGCCAUUAAAUUUGAACUAAUAGAUCCAGAUGUUGCUGUAACCAAAGAUCUUCAAACUGGUAAAUUUAAAACUGUACAAGAUGCCAUUAAAAAUAAGCAAUUAGAUAUAACGAAAACUGUUGUAUUUGAUACAGUAACGCAUAAAGUUAAAUCGUUAAUUGUGACUUAUGAUCAAGUUGCCAUAAUUUAUUUAAAAGAACCUUUAUCUUUCAGUCAAGCUGUAGAAUCGGGUAUUUUAGAUAUUAACACGGGUAAAUUCACUGAUCCACAAUCCAACGAAGUUCUGUCAUUAAAAGAUUCAAUCUCUUUGGGUUUUAUUGAUCCAGACACAGCUCUUAUUAAAGACUCUAAUAAAAAGAAACUAGUAAAACUUCCCGAAGGCUUUAGAAAGGGUCUUAUCGAUUCUGAAAAAGGCAAUGUACUCGACAGUGCGACAUCUAAGUUAUUCAGUUUACCUGCUGCUUUGGACAGUGGGUUACUUGUUACACCAAAUAGAGGUUUCACAUUGAUAGAAUCCAUUACGUAUGGCCUUUAUAAUCCAACUACGGGAUGUUUCAAUGAUCCCUUCAUAAAUACUAACAUAAUUGACCGAAAGAAAUUGACUCUUGGAGAUGCUAUAUCGGAGAAUUUAGUAGAUCCAAGUAGUACAGUUGUUAAAGACCCAGAAAGUAGCGCAAUAGUUCCGUUGCUACAUGCAAUAGAUACUCAACUGGUCGAUCCAAUUGAAGGCAGGAUACAUGACAAAAAUGAAAACAAAUUCAUAGAUUUUGCAAAAUCCCUCGAGAAGGGAUUGAUUUUGCCCGCAGAGCAAAGGCAAGCCGUAGAAGAAAAAUACAAAUUAUGUGAUGAAAGUUUAUCUAAACUUCUCCACUGGAUAGGUGAAGUAGAAGAUCGAAUUGCCUCCCAGGAUGUCAUUCACGAAGUAGAAGAAGAAUUAAGAAACCAAAUAAACACUAUGAAACAAAUUAGAGAUGAUUUAGAUCAACAUUCAGGUCAAGUGUCACACUGUGCAGACCAAGUCAGGCAACUAGUGUUAACAGCAAGCGAUAUUUUAUCUAAAAGCGAAGUAUCAGCAUUAGAAAAGAGUGGACGUAACCUCAAAACUCGUUAUGAUAAAGCCUUAGACCGCACAGAUAAAUUAUUAAGACGUCUCUUCACAGCAAGAGAUGAAUUGGCCAAACUCAAAGGGGAACUUAACAUUUUCUCUACCUGGUUGGGUAAAGCUAGGAGAAUUCUAGAAGACAAAGAACGAGCUUUAAGUGACUUGCAGAGACUCGAUACUAGUGCUGACAGUACUAAGGAAUUUGUUAGUGAUGUUAUUUCCCAUCAAGCCGAUUUAAGGUUUAUAACAAUGUCAGCGCAGAAAUUUGUGGAUGAAGGAAAGGAGUAUUUGAAUGUAUUGAAUGAUUUCCGUACUUCGUUACCAUCUCGAUUACCUCAUAUCGAACCCUACUCUUCUCAAGAUUCUCCAGUGCGCAGUGAGGUAUCCUUGGUCACCCAGCAAUACAGAGAUCUGUUACACCGUGCAAAUAAUUUAUCAGACCGGCUUUCUGGAGUUGGUGGAAAACAGAGAGAAUACUCUGAUGCUCUUGAUAGAGCUAAAGGAUGGCUGAAAGAUGUAGAACCUAGAGCCAAUAAACUACUUAAUGAACCUAUUGCUGGUGAUCCUAAAACCGUGGAAGAUCAGUUGAAUAAUGCAAAAACUCUUAAUAAUGAAUUUGUUGCCAAUGGUCGUCUUAUUGAUAAUGCUAAACAGGCCACGGGCGCUCUUCUAAGGUCAUUGGAAGGUCAAAUCUCACCAUCCGAGAUUAACCGUUUGGAAGAACCAGUACAAAAACUUGAAAAUAAAUACAACCAACUGGGUACUGCUAUUGCUAAUCGUUGCCAAGAACUUGACACCGCUCUUGUACAGUCCCAAGGAGUUCAAGAUGCACUUGAUGGCAUAAUUGAUUGGCUAAAUCAGGCAGAGAAUCAGUUCAAGAAUAUGCAAAGACCUGCAUCCCUUAUUAAGGAACGCUUGGAAGAACAACUUCGAGAGCAUCGCGUAUUCCAGUCUGAUAUUGACACUCACAUAUCUUCCAUUGACUCGAUUUACUUGUCAGCUAAUGAACUUAUAGUGUCAACGAGUAAUGCACGUGUAGCUAAAAAAAUAGAAGGGAAAUUGAACGAUGUCAAAGUCCGUUUUGAGAAAUUAUUUGAUCGUGCACAAAAAAGAGGAGUGUUCCUGGAAGAGAUCAACCAAGAUUUAAGAGUAUUCAGCAACCAGGCCAUUAAAUUUGAGGAUUGGUAUAAUAGUGUUAUGGAAAUAAUUGAAUCUAAGGACCUAACUAAGUUACCCAUCGAAGAAUACGCUAAACAGAUGAAGAAAAUAGCCAGCAAUCGAGACGAUAAUCGUAAUAUGUAUGAAGACACCAUCAAGAUUGGGAAAGACAUGCUUAACAAGCGUGAUGUAACAGAUACAGCUAAUGUUAGAGAUAAAGUCAAAUCAAUGGAGAAUCAAUGGAAGGAAUUGGAUGGCUUAUUAGAGGAAAAAGCUAAAUUGUCUAAAUUACGGGCUGAACAGCUUAAUGCUUAUGAAACUUUGAGAAUACAAGUUACAGAUUGGUUGGGUAGAAUGGAAAUUAAAGUAGCUCACCUUGACAUUGUGGCAGUAGAAAUUGAAACCUUGAAAAAGCAGAACGAAGAGCUGAAACCAAUUUCAAAGGAAUAUAAAGAUUAUUCAUCAACAAUUGACAAAAUAAAUGACAUAGGUUCCACUUACGACAGCUUAAUACGUGGAGAUAGGCCCGAUUCUCCAUCUAAACGCAAAGCAUUCAAUGCCAGCAAACGACCCUCUUUGACAUCUGGUCGACUAACCCAAGAUGGACGCUCACCAUCUCCAACUAAGGGUAUAAGUCCACUUUCACCGGGUGGAUCAAGCGGAUUUUCAUCCCGUAGAUCUAGUCAGGACGGGUUCCAUUUAGAAGAACUUUCUCCAGUUCAACAACAACUGUCAGAAAUUAACAAUAGAUACUCACUCCUCGGUGUCAAAAUCACUGAUCGACAAUCUGAAAUUGAUUCAAUUCGAGAAGAACUGAAGAAACACCUCGACAACUUAAGAAACCUCAGUGCCUUCUUAGAUAAAGUUCAAAGACAGUUACCUAAAGAUACCGUACCAAACACUAAAGAAGAUGCAGACAAACUUAAUAAACAAAUAAAACAAGUGUUGGAAGAAAUGUAUGAAAAACAGUCACUCCUUGACUCCACAAAAAGUCAAGUAAAAGAUCUGCUAAAACGCAAACCAGGAGCGCUUGGCGCUGAUAAUCUUAAUGAUGAACUUGAAGAUGUAGUGUCACACUGGAAGAGUUUGAGUGAUCAUCUGAAGAACAGAAUUAAAUUCAUGGAAGACAUGAAAGAAUUUCACGAUACCCAUGACUCAUUGGCAUCCUGGUUAUCUGCUAAAGACCGCAUGCUUACUGUUCUUGGUCCUAUAUCUAGUGACUCCCGUAUGGUGCAAUCUCAAGUUCAACAAGUCCAAGUAUUACGUGAAGAAUUCCGAACUCAACAGCCACAGUUGCAACAUCUGAUUGACGUUGGAGAUGACGUUCUUAACUACUUAGAUAUACAAUCACCAGAUCAUCAGAAAAUUAACAACAAACUUGCAACUAUUCAGCAGAGAUGGGCAGAUCUCCUAGGAAAAUUGGAAGAAAGAGCAGAUUCAUUAGGUGCUGCCGCUGACACCAGUCGAGAAUUUGAUGCUCAGCUUACCAGGCUACGUGAUGCACUUCAAGGCAUAUCUGACAACUUGGAUGAGUUGCCACUCGAAAAAGACCCAGAGGAACAACUGCGUAAAGUAGAAAACCUAGAGAGACAAUUAGAAGGUCAAAGACCGCUUUUGGCUGAUCUUGAAGCCAAUGGAGCUCAUCUGUGUGAUGUGUUGAGUGAUCCAGCAUCCAGAGCCGAUAUUCAGUCCAAAUUAGCUUCAGUAGGAAGACAGUAUAAUGCCUUACAAAGAAAACUGGACCACAAGAAAGCAGAAAUUGAAGGAUCUCUUCGUGACGGUCGCCAAUUUGAGGAAUCUUGCUCAAAAACACUUGGGUGGCUAUCUGACGAACUUGGUUCAUUUUCUGAAAGACUACUCAUUUCUGCAAUGAGAGAUGUUCUAGAACAACAACUUGCUCAUAAUGAACCAGUGUACCGAGAUGUUCUUGCACGAGAACAUGAAGUUAUAAUGCUUUUGAAUAAGGGUCGAGACAUUCUAGCCAGAAACAAUCGCCCUGAUAAUAGAUCCCUUCAGAGAGACCUUGAUAAAAUUCAACAACAAUGGGAUAAAUUGCGAAAGGAAGCCGUAGAUAGACAUACUAGACUCCAAACUUGCAAGGAACAUUGCCGUAAAUAUUAUAAGGCACUGGAAACUUUCUUACCUUGGUUGAGGCAAGCUGAAGAUAAGUUGGAUACUCUUAAACCUUCAUCUUUCCAACGGAAACAUAUUGAGAAACAAUUGAAAGAAUUACAAAUCUUCAGAAACGAGGUGUGGAAGAAAUCUGGUGAUUACGAAAAUACUCGAUCAUUGGGAGAUACUUUCUUAUCGGCCUGUGAUAUUGAUAAAGAUGAUGUAAAGAAUGAAGUAGCCGACUUAAAAGAUAGAUGGGAGAAGCUAAACAAUGAAUUGAUCGUUCGUACACAAGCUUUAGAAGAUCAGUCUAGAAAAUUGGUAGACUUUAAUGAGAAUCUUAGAGAUUUGCAGCAUGGUUUGGAACGUUGUGAAGACAAAUUAGCCUCACACGAUGCUCUAGGGGGUGCUGCCAGGGAUCCAAAAUUAUUGGACAGAAUUAAAGCACUUCGUGAAGAGACAGUAAAAUUAAAGAAACCUUUGAAUGCUGUCCGUUUACAAGCUAACGAUUUAUGUAAUGAAGCGUCAGAACAUGGAAUUGAUGCCAAUCAUCUGAAAGAUGAGGUCGACAGCAUAGGGGAUCGUAUUGACGAGCUUACAAGUAAACUGGAUGAUCGCUGCUCAGACUUACAGUCAGCCGCCACUGCAGUGACACAAUUCAAUGACCAAGUUAAGGGUCUUUCUCAUGAUUUAUCUGCUUUGGAGUCGGAAUUGGACAAUAUGAAACCUCCUGGAAGAGAUCUGAAAACAGUUCGUGGACAAAUUGACGAUGUCGGCCAAUUACUUAAUAAAAUUAAUAAGGCAACAGAUGAUGUAACGGAUGCUAUUAAUGCUGGAGAACGACUUGUUGAUAGUGGAUUUGCACCUGACACUGCUCAAACCAGACAACAAGUCGACACCCUUAAGAAACAAUUAGGAAAACUUGAUGAUCGUGCUCAUAACAGGGAAAAAGACCUAGAAACGACUUUGAAAAAACUUGAAGACUUUUAUAUGGCCCACGCUAACAUUCUUGAAGAUCUGCAAGAUGCCACAAGUGAAGUACGAAAAUUGAAACCGGUUGGUUCUGAAGUUGAGAGCAUUAGAGCCCAACAAAAAGAUUUCAAGAAAUUCAGGGUAAAUACUAUUGAACCAUUAAGUAAAAAUAUCGAUGAUGUGAACAGAUUUGGUCAAGGUCUCAUACAAUCUGCAGCUCCCGGAGUAAACACAAGUGCCCUUGAAAAAGAUUUAGAAAAAAUGAAUAACCAUUGGAAUGAUCUCAAAGAGAGGAUCAACGAUCGUGAAAGAAGAUUAGAUAUUGGUUUAUUACAAUCAGGUAAAUUCCAAGAAGCUCUUGAUGGUUUAGCAAAAUGGUUGACUGAUACAGAAGAUCUUGUUGCUAAUCAAAAACCACCCUCGGCAGAUUAUAAAGUAGUAAAAGCUCAAUUGCAGGAGCAGAAAUUCUUGAAGAAAAUGUUGUUAGAUAGGCAAGGCUCUAUGUCAUCCCUAUUUGGUAUGGGCAAUGAAAUAGCUAAAGAAGCGGACCCAGCAGAAAGAAAAGCUAUUGAAAAACAACUAAAAGAUCUUAUGGGUCGCUUUGAUGCUCUCACUGAAGGUGCUCAACAACGUACCUUGGAUUUGGAACAAGCCAUGCGUGUAGCUAAAGAAUUCCAAGAUAAACUCAUUCCACUUCAAGACUGGCUAGAUCGUACUGAAAAGAAAGUGAAAGACAUGGAAAUCAUACCUACUGAUGAAGAAAAAAUUCAGCAAAGAAUAAGAGAGCAUGAUGCUCUUCACAAUGAUAUUUUGGACAAGAAACCAGAUUUUAGAGAAUUAACUGAAAUUGCAUCCAAUUUAAUGUCACUCGUUGGUGAAGAUGAGGCAGCAGGCUUAGCAGAUAAAUUGCAGGAAGUUACUGAUAGAUAUGGACACCUCGUAGAAGCUAGCGAACAUAUUGGAGAACUUUUAACAGCUUCAAGGCAAGGCUUAAGACACCUUGUUCUUACUUACCAAGAUUUGGCUGCAUGGAUGGACCAAAUGGAACAAAGACUUGCAAGAUACAAGGUAUUAGCAGUUCAUAACGAUAAGUUAUUGGAGCAAAUGGAUGACCUUACUAAUCUCUCUGAGGAUAUUGCUGGUCGUCAGUCUGACAUAGACGGAACAGUUGAUGCUGGAGUAGAACUUAUGCGACACAUUUCUUCAGAUGAAGCUCUACAAUUAAAAGAUAGGCUCGAUUCACUUCAACGCAGAUAUAAUGAUCUUACUACUAGAGCUGCGGAUCUACUCAAGCAUGCCGAAUCUAUGCUACCUCUGGUUCAAAAGUUCCACAAUAAUCAUAUUCGUUUGGUAGAUUGGAUGCAAGGUGCCGAAUCGAUCUUGCAGUCUGCUGAGCCUCAUGAAGGCGAAAUUGCUCGAUUGGAGGUAGACUUACAAGAACUGAGACCAGUGCUAGAGACCAUUAAUGUAGUGGGUCCACAGUUGUGCCAAGCAAGUCCUGGGGAAGGUGCUGCUACUAUUGAGGGUCUUGUUACAAGAGAUAAUAGAAGGUUUGAUGCAAUUGCUGAGCAAAUUCAAAGGAGAGCAGAGAGAAUCCAUUUGGGCAAACAAAGAGCUCUUGAAGUUACUGGGGACAUCGACGAACUUUUGGAAUGGUUCCGGGAAGUUGAAGGACAACUUAGAGAUGCCGAAAGGCCCUCAGCUGAACCGGAUCUUAUCAGAGUACAGUUGAAAGAACAUAAGGCACUUAAUGAUGACAUUUCUAGCCAGAAGGGACGUGUACGUGAUGUUUUAUCUACUGCGAAAAAAGUUCUUCGUGAAAGUCCACCUAGUGAAGACACAUCACUUAUUAGAGAAAAAAUGGAAGAUUUGAGGGAAGGUAUGGAUACUGUAUCUGCCCUUAGUUCGGACAGAUUAGGAAUUUUAGAGCAAGCUUUACCAUUAGCAGAACACUUCCAUGACACCCAUAACGUUCUCAUUAAUUGGUUGGCAGAUAUGGAAGAACAGGUAUCUAUGCUUACUAUGCCCGCUCUCAGGCCAGAUCUUAUAGCCCAACAACAGGAUCGAAAUGAAAUGUUCCUUCAAUCCAUUAAUGAACACAAACCUUUGGUAGAUAAACUCAAUAAGACAGGUGAAGCUCUUAUUCGUCUCUGCAAUGAAGAUGAUGGCAGCAAAGUUCAGGAACUAUUAGACAGUGACAAUGCUCGAUAUGCAGCUCUUAAAUUGGAACUACGCGAAAGACAACAAGCUCUCGAACAAGCAUUACAAGAAAGCUCCAAAUUCUCUGACAAACUUGAAGGCAUGUUGCGUGCCUUGUCAAACACUGCUGAUCAAGUUAACAAUCUGGAGCCCAUCUCUGCCCAUGUCCCCAAGAUAAAAGACCAAAUUGAAGAUAAUGAUGCAUUGAUUGGAGACUUGGACAAAAGGAAAGAAGCGUAUGCGGCCGUUAAACGAGCUGCUGAUGAUGUUAUUAAUAAAGCUGGAAAUCGUGCAGAUCCUGCUAUAAAAGACAUUAAGCAUAAACUGGAUAAACUGAAAAAUCUUUGGGAUGAUGUACAGAAGGCUACACAAACUCGUGGCAAAUCACUUGAUGAUACCCUUGAAAUUGCUAAAAAGUUCUGGAAAGAACUGCAUGCUGUUAUGGCAACACUUAAAGAGUUAGAGGAUUCACUGGUCUGUCAAGAACCACCAGCAGUUGAGCCUAAAGCAAUUCAGGAACAACAGGUAGCAUUACAAGAGAUAAGACAAGAAAUCGAUCAAACGAAACCCGAAGUGGACCAAGUUAGGAGCUCUGGAGAAAAACUCAUGAAGCUGUGUGGAGAGCCCGAUAAACCUGAGGUAAAGAAACAUAUUGAAGACCUGGAUAAUGCUUGGGAUAAUAUCACUGCUCUUUAUGCUAAACGUGAAGAAAAUCUAAUAGAUGCUAUGGAAAAAGCUAUGGAAUUCCAUGAAACAUUACAGAAUCUGCUUGACUUCCUAGAAAAAGCUGAAAAGAAAUUUGAAAAAAUGGGACCACUUGGUGCAGAUAUUGAAGCGGUGAAGAAGCAAAUCAACCAACUCAAUAUGUUUAAGGCCGAAGUUGAUCCCCAUAUGGUGAAAGUAGAAGCUUUAAAUAGGAGUCUCAUAAGGCAAGCUCAAGAGUUAACCGAGAGAACUUCAGCCGAUCAAGCUGCUGCUAUUAAAGAACCAUUGUCGGCUGUCAACAAGAGAUGGGAUGAUCUGUUACGAGGUAUUGUUGAAAGGCAGAGGCAGUUAGAAAAUGCUCUGCUACGUUUAGGUCAGUUCCAACAUGCCCUUAAUGAACUGCUUGUAUGGAUAAGCAAAACCGAUAAGACUCUAGAUGAAUUAAAACCAGUUGCCGGAGAUCCACAAAUUUUGGAAAUUGAAUUGGCCAAAUUGAAGGUUUUAAUUAAUGACAUUCAAGCUCAUCAAACUAGUGUAGAUACCCUAAACGAUGCUGGAAGACAAAUUAUUGAGAGUGGUGAGGCCGAAGAAGCUAGUGCUACGCAAGAAAAAUUAAACACUUUGAACACCCAGUGGAGGUCUCUUAUGCAGAAGGCUGCGGAUAGACAGCGUGAGCUCGAAGAUGCCCUACAUGAAGCUCAGCAAUUCACUGCCGAAAUUCAAGAUCUUCUAGCUUGGCUAAGUGAUGUUGACGGUAUAAUAACGGCCAGUAAACCUGUCGGAGGUUUGCCAGAAACUGCUUCUGAACAACUUGAAAGAUUUAUGGAAAUUUACAACGAAAUAGAGGAUAACAGACCGAAAGUUGAAACAGUUCUUGCCCAAGGUCAUGAAUAUCUGAAGAAAUCUACAACUCCCGCUUCAAACCUGCAACAUAACUUACGUACCCUCAAACAAAGAUGGGACAGUGUUACUUCAAGGGCUAACGAUAAGAAAAUUAAGUUGGAAAUAGCUCUUAAGGAGGCCACAGAAUUCCAUGAAUCUCUGCAAUCUUUCGUAGAUUGGCUCACCAAUGCCGAGAAAGUACUUUCCAAUCUCAAGCCCGUGUCUCGAGUUCUAGAUACCAUACAGGGCCAAAUUGAAGAACAUAAAGUUUUCCAAAAGGACGUCAGUGCACAUAGAGAAGUUAUGCUUGCAUUAGAUAAAAAAGGAACACAUUUGAAAUACUUCAGCCAGAAGCAAGAUGUUAUUUUGAUCAAAAACUUACUGAUCAGUGUACAACAUAGGUGGGAAAGAGUAGCAUCUAAGUCAGCAGAACGCACUAGAGCUUUAGAUCUGGGCUAUAAGGAGGCUAAAGAAUUCCACGAUUCCUGGUCCGGCCUCAUGAAUUGGCUAGAUGAAACCGAACAAUCUUUAGAUGAAUUUUUGUCAGAGACUGUCGGUAAUGACCCUGAAAAAAUUAAGAACCGAUUGGCAAAACAUCAAGAAUUCCAAAAAGCCUUAUCUUCAAAACAAGGCACUUAUGACGGAGUCAUGAAAUCAGGCAAACAAUUAAAAGACAAGGCUCCAAAAACAGAUGAGCCUACCUUGAAAAAUAUGCUCUCGGAACUGAAAAGCAAAUGGAACUCCGUUUGCCAUAAAAGUAUUGAAAGGCAAAGAAAGUUGGAGGAAGCUUUAUUAUAUUCUGGCCAAUUCAAAGAUGCCAUUGCUGCAUUGGUUAAAUGGUUGCAAAAAGCUGAAAAGGAACUAUCUGCGGAUAGUCCUGUACAUGGAGAUCUCGAUACAGUAAAUCAUUUGGUAGACUUGCACAGGCAAUUUGAAAAGGACUUGGAAAAACGGAAUGAUCAAAUGGAAUCCGUUAUGAAAAACGGUCAAGAGCUGGAAAGAACAGCAAGUAAAGCUGAUGCUAUACAGAUCAGGGGACAGCUUAGUGAAUUAACGGAGUUGUGGGAAAUUGUAACCAAUCUGGCGCAUGUUAAAACCGAAAGAUUACGUGACGCUUUGAGAGAAGCUGAAAGACUGCACAAAUCUGUGAAUAUGAUACUUGAUUGGUUGUCUGAAGCAGAAAUGAAGUUAAGAUUUGUAGGAAAUGCUCCUGAAGAUGAAGCUACUGCUUAUGAACAGUUGAGAACACUUGAUGAAUUCCGUGCCCAAUUGGGAGAGAAAGAGAUAGAAAAGAACCAAACAUUAGAUCUAGCACAUAAUAUUUUGGCUAAAGCGCACCCAGAUUCCAUUAAUGUGAUCAAGAACUGGAUUAAAGUUAUCCAGUCCAGAUGGGAAGAAGUAUCCCAAUGGGCAUUGCAACGACAUCAAAAACUAUCUCAGCACAUGCAGUCUCUUCGAGAUAUGGAUGAAUCUCUCGAGGAACUUAUUCAGUGGUUGCUCGGCUUAGAAAACACCUUAAUAGCUCUGAAGAGAGAGGAACUACCUAUGGACAUUCCUGCAACAGAGCAGCUGAUUGCUGACCAUAAAGAAUUUAUGGAAAACACCCAGAAGAGACAGACAGAAGUAGAUAGAGUAUGUAAAGCAAAACAAAUUAAGCCAUCUCAAGGAACUAAAGAUCCUAAAAAGUUUGCCAAAGGAAAAGGACCAAUCCGUGGAUCACAGCACGAUAUUCGUGAAUCGUCACCAGACAUCUAUGGUUCUCUUGGUCGCAAGCAAAGCUUCAAAGGAUCUAGGAAUGAUUUGCUGAGAGGAAGCAGGGUCAGCCCAGGACGAGAACUCAGUCCAGAUCCACAGUUGCCCCAUAUCGGGCCAAGAUUCCCACCUGCUGGAAGCGAACCGGAAUUCCGUGCACCAAGAGUCAAGUUCUUGUACGACAAGUGGCGUCAUGUUUGGAUGAUGUCAUGGGAAAGACAGAGAGAACUCUAUGAUCAUCUAGCUUACUUAAAAGAAAAAGAAAAGGCUGACAACUUCUCUUGGGACGAUUGGAGGAAGAGAUUCUUGAAAUUCAUGAAUUACAAGAAAUCCAGACUGACAGAUCUCUUCAGGAAGAUGGAUAAGGACAACAACGAACUUAUUCCCAGGGAUGAUUUCAUUGAAGGCAUUAUUAAGACUAAAUUCGAUACCUCUCGUUUGGAAAUGAAACAUGUCGCUGACAUGUUUGAUGAGAACAACAGAGGACUAAUAGACUGGAAGAAGUUCAUCGCAGCUCUCCGGCCGGACUGGGAAGAGAAAGCACCCGACACAGAAGCCCAAAAGAUUCAUGAUGAAGUCAAACGUUUGGUGAUGCUCUGUACAUGUAGGCAGAAAUUCAGGGUAUUCCAAGUAGGAGAAGGAAAAUAUAGGUUUGGUGAAAGCCAGAAGCUGCGUCUUGUUCGUAUCCUCCGCAGUACCGUAAUGGUACGCGUUGGAGGUGGUUGGGUAGCUUUAGAUGAGUUCCUUGUGAAAAAUGAUCCAUGCAGAGCCAAAGGACGCACAAAUAUAGAGCUCCGUGAGCAAUUCAUCUUAGCUGACGGGGUGUCGCAAACUAUGACAGCGUUCAGGUCGAAAACAUCGGCCUCUAGUCCCGCCUCUGGCUCCUCUGCAUCUUCACUACGCACACCUCAAGGGCCAAUCACAAAGGUUCGAGAACGUUCUCAGAGGUCAGUGCCAAUGGGAAGUCUUCCACGUACUUCAAAAUCCUCGUUGUCGGCUGGUACACCCGAUUCCUUAUCCGAUAAUGAAAGUGCAACAUUCCGUACCCCUCGCAAACCUUCCUAUAGGUCUACGCUGACUCCAGGAGGUUCCAGAAGCAACUCAAGACCUGCCUCAAGGACAGGUAGCAGGCCAGGAAGCAAACCACCAUCCAGGCAUGGAUCAAAUCUCUCAUUGGACAGUACUGAUGAUGCUACUCCAUCUAGAAUACCAAGAAGAACACCAACAACUUCUGGACGUAGUGCAUCUACUCUUUCUUCCACAAGAAAAAAUAUUAAUGGGUCUGGUUCUAGACCUCGGACACCUACUGGGUUAAUAUCGCCUGCUAGUCCAGCCACAAGAUCAACGGGAAUACCCAGAGCAUCUAGCAUACCAACAUUAACAGGAAUAUCAGCAACGCCAAGGUCUCGCAUACCGGUCUAUAAAGGGAAAAGUGAGGAAACAGAUCCAGAAUCACCUUCCACUUCAAGCUCAUGUUCUGUCUCUUUCUCUUCUGGAACAAAAUCUUCAGCAAGUAAAUCAAGCAAGUCAAAAAUACCUAUUAGUAGGUAAAGUUUCUUAUAUAUUAUUUAAUAUUAUUCUGGUUGCAUGAUUGUACGAACAGCACAUUAUUUAUUUAUUUUUUUUUUUACCUUUAUACAUAUUUUCAUUUGUAGCAUGAUUCCACAUGUCACAUGUAUAAUAGUAAUUCUGUUUAAUAUAUUUUUUUUUUCUUUAUAGAAUGACUCAUAAAAAUAGUAGUGCAAAAGUUUAAAAUAAACGCAUAACUGUGGGUUAUUACAAAUAAGGCUGGCAAAUCUUGGUUAACAUUCAAUCAAGCUAAAAUGAGAAUAAGGAUAUUUAUAUACAUCCAAAUGUCAUAAGUGUUUAUUUGCAAUAAUAGCCUUUAUUCAUCACAUAUCUGCAGUCUGCAGUAGUAAUAGUGCUAUGUUGCAUUGCGAUAUCAUAUAUACCUUUGCGUUGAAACCAAAUUUGCCAGUCUUAAUUAAAAAUUUAGUGGGUGCAAUGGCAUAGUACAAUUUUAACCUUUCAUGUACAGUUGCUGUUGAUGAUGCUCGGCUUAAUAUCCUGUAAAUAUUAAUUUAAAGUUUUUUAUAUACCAACUUUUGCUUUCAUAAAUUUAACAAAUUUUUUAUAUGGAGUGAUUGUAUAACAUGUGAAAGGUUAAAUUUGUAUUUUUUUUUGUUUUAUCAGUAUGAUUUUUAGUAGUUUAAAUAUAAAUUGAAAAUCAAUUGAAGAGGUCAUUUAGAUUUUUUUUGUUUGAUACUUAGAUUAUGUGUUCUCAGAUCACUAUAAUUGAUUUUUGAUUCAUACUUGGGGAAAUUUACUAGUGUACUACUAGUACAUGAGAUUAAUAAAUAUAUUUCACAUUUACUUAACUCCAACAAUUAAUUAUUACUAGUUGUUUUUAUUUUAUUGUUGAUUUGGGUUUUGGGGCUUUAUAAUCAUUUAAUAACUGGAGUUUUUUUAUACGAGAGUGUGAUUUUGUAAUUACUUAAUCAUUUUAAAUAAUAACCUGACU